CAGUUUAUCUGCAACUUUGUUUCCUUGGCUCUAACUGUGAAAUUUGUUUCUCCAAUGGGAUGUUGAUUGGGAUCAUGUGAUAACACUUGUGCUUUUACCUGUACAUGGAGUAAUUAAUUACCUUUGUACACAAUAGUUGCUUGAUACAUUUUAGAAUAUUUCUUACCUAGUUUAUAUGUAGAUAUCAUUUCAAAAUAUUUACUAACAAAUUUCUAUGUCCAAAUUCAUUUAUUUGACUCUCGAAAUCUGAAUUGUGUCACAUAGAAGGAGUAGUACUUUUAUUUUGUAAGGGUUAUACUUCAUGUGUCCUUUAGUCCCCAGGGAUGCUUUUGAUAGACAAUUGUGAAAAUUAUACUUAAAUCUUUCCAGUUUAAUUUGAGUUGUUCCAGGUUUUUGCUUUGAGCAGAUCUACUUCUUUUGCUUUGUAAAGACUAUAUUUAGCUUUAGUGGCAUUGAAUGAUUGAUGGAUCACAGAUAUUGUGUCUUACUUAAAAUUAAAUUACGCAGAUACUUGUCCUGUUUCGUGAUGAAUUAUCUAUACCUGAAAUCUGGGUACCUGUUUAUAUUAAUUACCUAACUUGUUCCUUAUGAUUACGAUGUACUUUAUUUGUUUGAACCGCGCUGAAGUCAUCGGACUGAAAAUUAUAAUAAGAGGAGUGUGUAAGUUUUGAGGUGGUUUGCUUCUAGUACAGAGUUAAAUGCAAGCUGUUGUUAACUUGUUAUAGUACAUGAAGAUUAGUGUGGCUGAAACCCAACGAUGUAGGGAUUAAAACAUAAUUGUUGUCGCUGUUGACUUGAUCCUUCUUCUUGGUGUAUGUUUAUAUUGUUUGGUGCCUAGGAAGAAAUAAAAUAGUUAUAUGUGAUGUUGAUAACCUUACAGCCUAGAUAAGAGCCUCACAUCAAGAAUAUGGCAGCAGAAAAUGUCCAAAAUGAGAAGACAUCAUCCGCUGUUACUCCAAAUCCAGCCAUGACUUCGUGUAGGAAGAAGAAGAGCGAACAAGCUACUUUUCUAGAAGAUAUCAAGGAUCACAUGGAUGAAUUUAUUCAUGCUUCUAUGGAUGAACACAAAACUUGCUUCAAGAAGACCAUUCAAAAGAUGUUUGGCAUGUCAAAAAUUGUUGCGGAAAGGAAUGCUGAGGUUAAAGAGGUUGAAAGUUCUCUGCCCCUGCAAACAACAUUGGCUAAGUAGAAUUUGUGGCACAUCUUGAUUUAACGGGCUAAUACCAAUAGAGUAGAAAAGAAUGACAUAUAACUUUUCACUAUGCUCUCAAUUUGUAAUUUUCACUCUCUUAUUUCCACUGUGUGUAUUAGUAUUGCAAUCGUUGUGUAGAACUUGGAUUGGUUGGUUUCAUUGCAGUGAAUAGAUUCACUGGUUUCUUCUGCUCUUUGUACCACUCAACUUGUUGGUGGUAGCAGGACUAUGAAAGAUCGACGAACUGUCAAGUGUUCAAGGAACAUUAUCUAAAUUUUAAGCUAGUAAUUCUAUUACAAGUGAGAAUAGUUUCAUAA